AUGAAGAGAAAAUUUCUCUCUCUUAUUUUAAUAAUUUUUCUUCUCUCUAUUUUAGACUAUCCAUUACGUUCUCCAUCCAGCACCAACAUUCAUCCGAAUGCUCGAUGGCAACAAAAUGGUAUCACUGUAGCUGGAGGAAAUCGACAAGGCAAUGAAAUCAAUCAACUCUCAAACCCAUGUGGUUUGUAUGUUGAUGAUAAUCAAACAAUAUAUGUUGCUGAUCAAUCAAAUCAUCGUAUUGUGGAAUGGAAACAAGGUGCAACGAAUGGCCAAGUGGUUGCCGGUGGAAAUGGAGAAGGAAGUGGAGAUCAUCAAUUGGAUAACCCACAUGACGUGAUUAUCGACAAAGAGAGAGAUAGUCUCAUCAUAUGCGAUACUUCGAAUAGAAGAGUGGUUCGAUGGCCUUGUCGAAAUGGGACAAGUGGAGAAACAAUCAUCUCCAACAUCUCAUGUGUGGGUUUGACAAUGGACGAGAAUGGAUCUCUCUAUGUCACUGACUAUGGAAGAGAUGAAGUGAGACGAUAUCGAAGAGGAGAAUCUCAAGGAACAGUGGUUGCAGGUGGCAAUGGACGUGGAAAUCGUCUCGAUCAACUCUCUUGCCCACAAUACGUAUUCGUCGAUCGAGAUCAUUCAGUGUACGUAUCUGAUGGGAACAAUCAUCGUGUGAUGAAAUGGAUGGAAGGUGCAAAACAAGGCAUUGUUGUGGCUGGUGGUCAAGGAAAAGGAAAUGGUCUUACCCAAUUGUCAUCUCCUCACGGAGUCGUUGUCGAUCAAUUGGGCACUGUCUAUGUGGCUGAUUUUGGGAAUGAUCGAAUCAUGCGUUGGCCUAAAGGAGCCACACAAGGAAGUGUCAUUGUUGGUGGAAACGGUAGUGGAGGACAAUCAAACCAACUCAAUGGACCCAUCGGUUUGUCAUUCGAUCGACACGGCAAUCUCUAUGUUGUCGAUUAUGGAAAUCAUCAAGUUCAAAAAUUCAAUAUCCAUUCCAAUGCAUAA